AUGAAUAAAGAAUUAUUUAUCUAUAUUGGAUCACAGUUAUCAUAUGUACGAAUAUAUCCAUUAUUUGAUAUGUGUCAUUAUUUACUAACUGCUUUACAAGUACGAGAUGAAAUACAACAAUAUCAAACAGCCACACAAAAUUUUACACGUCGUCACCCAUUAUCAUGUUGGGUAUCAACAAUGUUACUCUGUUUUUCCGGUUCGAUCAUAACGAAUUUUUUACUUGGUGAAAGUCCAUUAAAAGAUUUUAUUCAUCAUCAACAUCUUCUAUUAGCUACAGUCUGCUGGUAUUCUGUAUUUUAUUUCCCAUUUGAUUUUAUUAAUUAUCUAUUACGAUUCAUACCUAUUCGUCUUGUUAUUGGUGUUGGAAAAGAAAUUCAACGAACAAAAAAAAUUUACGAUGGUGUUCGUUUAACUUUAAUUUUGUAUCCUGAUAGUUAUAUUAUUGUUGUUCUCAUUGGAGCUAUUAGAGGUUGUGGUGAAUCAAUUAUGUCAUCUAUUGAUCGAUUUAUUCGCGGUGUAUGGAUGCCCUCACAGCAUGAAUUUCUUUUUCCAUCAUUUGCAACAAAAGCAUGUUUUCUAUCUUCAUUUAUAUUCUUAUUACAUCGUAUGGGAUUAUUACAAUUUGAACAUGAAUUAAUCUAUUUAUGUGUUGCCUCAAUAUUUAUAUAUGUGCGAAUAAUAACAUUAUUUUUUAAACAAUAUGAUCCAUUUAUGCCAUUUGAAAAUCUUUCAUCGGGAUUGUUGUUUAAUAGUUGGAUAGAAAUAAUUUCUGAUGCAUAUAGACGUGCAACUCUUACAGCUAAUUUAUCCACACCAGCAGUAACAUCAUCAACUAGUCUUUCACCAUUAAGUAAUACAACAGCAUUAAUGAGUGCGAAAAAAGAUAACAGUAGUACUGAUGGACAAAUGAAAGGAUUUGAUGGAAAAAAACGGGAUUAA